AGAUAACCUCAAUUCACUCAAUUGGAAAACUGAUUUUUAUUUUUAUUAUGGUUCAACAAGUAUAAUGAAAAUGGUUCAGUUAUGUUGAAACGAAAGACAUCAAGAUAUUUUCAGCGUUUUUAUUCGCGGCUGAGUAAUUUUGAUCUUAAUUAUGUUUGCUCAAGAGAAAACUUAGAAGAAAUCGAGCAGAAUAUAACUCAGAGAAAAGGGGUUGGAAAUAUAAAACUUGUAUGCGAUUUGUAUGAUAGAUACAAGUUAUCAAACAAUGGAGAGAAAAUAGAUAUCGAAAAUCAAUUGCUUUCAGAAAUCUUAAAGAUUCCCAAUAAAACACAUCCUGAUGUAAUGAAAUACUCAGAUGGUGAUCCAAAGAAGAUCAAAUUAAUUGGAGAAAAAAAAGUAUUUGAUUUCAAGCCUUUGGAAUUUCAAGAGAUAACAAAACGGAUGAAUCUUGUAAGAACAGAGCAGCUAGGGAAUUACUCUGGUAGCAAAGGUUACUAUCUCUUAGGAGCUAUGGCAAGUUUAGAAAAGGCUCUCGUACAAUAUGCCUUGAAAACAUUGUUAACUCAUAACUUCGAACUUAUCUCAGUUCCUGAUUUGAUUCCUAAAGAACUUGUUGAGAAUUGUGGUCUUCUCACAUCAGGUGUGAGAAACCAAGUGUUCUUUUUAGAUAAAAAAUUGCAUAAGUCAGCAUUGUGUUUAUCUGGUACUUCAGAAAUGUCACUUGCUGGAUUAUUUCAAAAUCAUGUUUUUGAGGAAGCAGAACUUCCCCUUAAGUUAGCAGCCGUGAGCAGAUGUUAUAGAGCUGAAACUUCAAAUUUAGCUGAAGAGAAAGGACUUUAUAGGGUGCAUGAAUUCACAAAGGUUGAAAUGUUUGUGAUAGUAACUCCUGAGCAAUCUGAUUCUAUGCUAGAAUAUAUCAGAGAUAUUCAGGAACAACAUUUUAGUCCACUAAACCUGCAUAUGCAAGUCCUUGAUAUGCCUCCUUAUGAACUUGGAGCACCUGCAUAUAGAAAAUAUGAUAUAGAAGUAUGGCUUCCAGGAAGGGGCACUUUUGGAGAGAUUUCUAGCUGCAGUAAUUGUACUGAUUAUCAGUCAAGAAGAUUGGGGAUAAAGUAUAGAAAAAAUGGUGAAGUGAAGUUUGUACAUACUCUGAAUGGCACUGCAUCAGCUAUCCCUAGAUUAUUAAUAGCUAUAACUGAAACAGGACAGAUGGAGAAAGGCAUUAUUGAAAUACCAAAAGUUUUGCAUAAAUAUAUGUAUGGGCAAGAAACUAUAAAGAAGCAAACAGGCAUACCCCAACUUAAAUUGAUUAAAAGUAAAAAAUAAGUUA